AUGGUCAUCGCCCCUCCUACAUCGGCUCAGCUGAGAUACGGUAAGACAGGAAGAAAACAAAGAGUGAGAUGUCUUUGAAAAAAAAGAGAUUCUUUUAAAAAAAGGGAAAGUCGUUGAAAAGAGGAAUUCUUUUAAAAGAGUGAGAUUCUUUGAAAAAAAGAGUGUCUUUUAAAAGAAGGAUUCUUUGAAAGAAAAGUGUCUGAAAGAGGAGAUUCUUUGAAAAAAAGGAGUGUUUAAAAAAGAGAGAUGUCUUUUGAAAGGGGGUUUUUAGGGAGAUUUUUAAAAAGGGAAGUCUUGAAAAAAGGAAUGCUUUAAAAGUUUUGCCCCCUAGGGGCUGCUACGUAGCUAAUUUGAACCUCCUAGGGGCGGCUAAGUAAACUAAAUUAUGAACCCAGUAGGCUGGCUACGUAGGCUAUUUUUGGGCCCAGGGGACUGCCGUAGGUAAUUAUUAGACCUCAUAGGGCGACUCGACGUUAUGUAAACCCCAGUAGACUGCUAAGUAGGGUAGGGUUUUGUAACCUCAGUAGGACUGCUAAUAGCUAAAUUAGAACCUCAUUUGGGCUGCUCGUACGAAAAUUAUGCAGACCUCAGUAGGACUGACUACUGUAGCGUAAGUUAUGUAGACCUCAGUAGGACUGACUACAGUAGGCUAAGGUUAUGUAGACCUCAGUAGGACUGGCUACAGUAGGCUAAGUUAUGUAGACAUCAGUAGGACUGACUACAGUAGGCUAAGUUAUGUAGACCUCAGUAGACUGGCUACAGUAGGCUAAGUUAUGUAGACAUCAGUAGACUGACUACAGUAGGCUAAGUUAUGUAGACCUCACUUUCUACCCCGUUUGUAACUGCCAAUGUUCAUGGAGGUUCACAGUGUCUCUUCACUUCAAGUUCCAGUACAUGUGUGGGCUGUUAAAUGGUAUGUUGUUUGUGUUUCUUUCCUUUGGCAGUUCUUCUACACAACGCCAUUCCCUUUGUAGGAUUUGGUUUCCUGGACAAUGCCAUCAUGAUUGUAGCUGUAAGUUACACCACUUUAUCAAUUUUUAGAAGUGUGUCACUGUGGUAGCCCUCAAUCCAUACAAUUACAGUAAUGCUAGAUAGAUUCUGCAGUAAAAUGUGGUAGAUCCCUGAUACAUCUGUUUCAUUAACAUUGAAGUGAGAAUCUGGUAUCUGUCAUUUACUAGAGUAAAGUUCUAUUUUAGCUUUUCAAAACGUUGACAUCCAUUUGUUUGCCACUUAGCAGAAUAUUUUAUCCGUAUCUAACUCAUUUAACCUCAUUCAGAGACUUUUAUUCUGAAGGACACAAAUGAGUGGUUGAAGUUGAAUACAAAGCUUAGCUUUCAGUGGUGGUUUUCAUUACAGCGUGAAACACAUACUACAUAAACAUGAUCACGUGUUCGGUUGUUCCUACAUGGGCUUAACAAAUAACAACAGAGAAUUGAUGAUGGUGUUUGUGUGUUUUGUUUUUAGGGCACACAUAUUGAGUUGUCCAUAGGUGUGAUCCUUGGGAUUUCAACCAUGGCAGGUAUGUCAAAACCAGAAAUAAUUUGUGAGUCCCAAAUGGCACCUUAUUCCCUAUGUAGUUCACUAUAUGGGGAAUAGGUUGCCAUUUGGGAUGCAGCCAAUAUGUUUUGUAAUGUUUGUGUUUGUAUUUUUACAGUGCCUAGUGAAAGUCUACACACCACCUUGCCACAGUCUUAAGAUAAACAUUUUUAAAAAGGGAUUUACGUUAUUUUUUUUAACCUACAUGGUCUUACACAACCUACUCCACAUUUUCAAAGUGAAUUUAUUUACAGAAAAUGUUCCAAAUGAAUUUAAAAAUGGCCCGAAGAUGUCUUGAUUGCGUAUGUCUUUACACCCCAGAGUUCAUACUUGGUGGGAGCACCUUUGGCAGCCAUUACAGCUGUGAGUCAUGAGGGGAGGGGGGAGAGGAGAGGAGGAGGGGAGAGGAGGGGAAAGUGGAGGAGCGAGAGGAGGGGUAGGAGGGGAGUGGAGGAGGAGGAGAGGAAGGUGGCAGGAGAGGGGAGGAGAGGACGAGGAGGGAGGAGGAGGGCGAGAGGAGGGGGAGUGGAUUGAGGAGAGGGGGGGGAGGGAGUGGGAGGGAAGGGGAGGGGAGGGGUGGAGGAGGGGGUGGGGAGAAGGAGGGUGAGAGGAGGAGGGGAGGCAGGGAGUGGGAGUGAGUAGGAGGGAGGCCGAGGGGUAGUGGACGGAGUGGAGGAGGGAGGGGAGGGGGAGGGGAGGGGAGGGGAGGGGACGUGGGCGAGGGGGGGGGGGGAGAGGAGUGGAGGAGGGGAGGGAGGAGGGAGUGGAGGAGGAGAGGAGGGGAGGAGGGAGAGGAGGGAGGAGGGAAGGGAGACUAAUAAUAUUCAACCAUCUUUGCACAACUCUUGGCGCAAACGUAUAUCCAUAGUUUUUUGUCUAAAUUGAAGAACUGUCCAAGGGGUGUGUAGACUUUCACUAGCAACUAUCGCAAUACAUUAAAUGUCCAUCUGAAUGUAACUUUGCAAUAGCCAAAUUAAUUCUGCACUCAGUUUCUAAUUAAAGCCUUGGGAUGCGUCCCAAAUGUCUCCCUAUCCCCUAUGUAGUGCACUACAUAUGACCAUAGGGCUCUGGUCAAAGUAGUGCACCAUAUAUAGCAGGGGUACUCAACUCUUACCCUGGGAGGAGGUCCGGAGCCUGCUGGUUUUCUGUUCUACCUGAUAAUUAAUUGCACCCCCCUCGUGUCCCAGGUCUAAAUCAGUCCCUGAUUAGAGGAGAACAAUGAAAAAAAUGCAGUGGAACUGGCUUCCAGGUCCAGAGUUGAGUUUGAGGGAUAUAGGGAAUAGGGUGCCAUUUGAGACACGAUGCUCUGAGUUUGUCCCCUGGUCUGAGAGCUAUAGAGCACGAUGAUGAGCCAGGGCUCUACUAUAACUAGCAGUGACAGGCUGGACCCAGAGCUCUACUAUAACUAGCAGUGACAGGCAGGGACCAGAGCUCUACUAUAACUAGCAGUGACAGGCUGGGUCCAGAGCUCUACUAUAACUAGCAGUGACAGGCAGGGUCCAGAGCUCUACAGUAUACUAACAACAGGCAGGGACCAGAGCUCUACAGUAUACUAACAACAGGCAGGGACCAGAGCUCUACAGUAUACUAACAACAGGCAGGGUCCAGAGCUCUACAGUAUACUAACAGCAGACAGGGUCCAGAGCUCUACAGUAUACUAACAGCAGGCAGGGUCCAGAGCUCUACAGUAUACUAACAGCAGGCAGGGUCCAGAGCUCUACAGUAUACUAACAGCAGGCGGGAUCCAGAGCUCUACAGUAUACUAACAACAGGCAGGGUCCAGAGCUCUACAGUAUACUAACAACAGACAGGGUCCAGAGCUCUACAGUAUACUAACAGCAGACAGGGACCAGAGCUCUACAGUAUACUAACAGCAGACAGGGACCAGAGCUCUACAGUAUACUAACAACAGACAGGGUCCAGAGCUCUACAGUAUACUAACAGCAGACAGGAUCCAGAGCUCUACAGUAUACUAACAGCAGACAGGGACCAGAGCUCUACAGUAUACUAACAGCAGACAGGGUCCAGAGCUCUACAGUAUACUAACAGCAGGACAGGAUCCAGAGUCUACAGUAUACUAACAGCAGACAGGACCAGAGCUCUACAGUACUAACAGGGGUAUACUAAGCAGACAGGGUCCAGAGCUCUACAGUAUACUAACAGCAGACAGGGACCAGAGCUCUACAGUAUACUAACAGCAGACAGGGUCCAGAGCUCUACAGUAUACUAACAACAGACAGGGACCAGAGCUCUACAGUAUACUAACAGCAGACAGGAUCCAGAGCUCUACAGUAUACUAACAGCAGACAGGGACCAGAGCUCUACAGUAUACUAACAGGGUCCAGAGCUCUACAGUAUACUAACAGCAGACAGGAUCCAGAGCUCUACAGUAUACUAACAGCAGACAGGGACCAGAGCUCUACAGUAUACUAACAACAGGCAGGGACCAGAGCUCUACAGUAUACUAACAGCAGGCAGGGUCCAGAGCUCUACAGUAUACUAACAGCAGGCAGGGUCCAGAGCUCUACAGUAUACUAACAACAGGCAGGGACCAGAGCUCUACAGUAUACUAACAACAGGCAGGGACCAGAGCUCUACAGUUUACUAACAGCAGACAGGGACCAGAGCUCUACAGUAUACUAACAACAGGCAGGGACCAGAGCUCUACAGUAUACUAACAGCAGGCAGGGUCCAGAGCUCUACAGUAUACUAACAGCAGGCAGGGUCCAGAGCUCUACAGUAUACUAACAGCAGACAGGGACCAGAGCUCUACAGUAUACUAACAGGGUCCAGAGCUCUACAGUAUACUAACAGCAGACAGGGACCAGAGCUCUACAGUAUACUAACAACAGGCAGGGACCAGAGCUCUACAGUAUACUAACAGCAGGCAGGGUCCAGAGCUCUACAGUAUACUAACAGCAGGCAGGGUCCAGAGCUCUACAGUAUACUAACAACAGGCAGGGACCAGAGCUCUACAGUAUACUAACAACAGGCAGGGACCAGAGCUCUACAGUAUACUAACAGCAGGCAGGGUCCAGAGCUCUACAGUAUACUAACAGCAGGCAGGGUCCAGAGCUCUACAGUAUACUAACAACAGGCAGGGACCAGAGCUCUACAGUAUACUAACAGCAGACAGGGACCAGAGCUCUACAGUAUACUAACAGGGUCCAGAGCUCUACUAUACUGUAACUAGCAGUGGCAGGCAGGACAAAUUGUCUGUUGAUACGUUGUUACUAUGAUUCACUGCUGUGCUGGAAGGGAUAGAUGCUCUCUUGUGAAGGUGUUUUCAAUUCGGCAGUGUUUCUCAAUGCUGGUCCUGUGGAUCCACAGGGGUGCACAUGUUUGUUUCUGCCCUAGUACUACACACCUGAUUCAAAUAAUCAACUGAUCAUCAAUUCUUUGGGUAUCAGGUUUGAAUCAGGUUUGUUAAUGUUGGGCUGGAACAAAUAUGUGCAGCCUGAUGAGGUUGCAGCAAGGAAAUAGAAACCCCCCCUCUAGUCUAGGGAAAUGGAUGUGUCAGCUGAUCUGAGGAGGGGGAAAUUGAUGUGUCAGCUGAUCUGAGGAGGGGGAAGUGGAUGUGUCAGCUGAUCUGAGGAGAGGGAAAUGGAUGUGUCAGCUGAUCUGAGGAGAGGGAAAUGGAUGUGUCAGCUGAUCUGAGGAGGGGGAAGUGGAUGUGUCAGCUGAUCUGAGGAGAGGGAAAUGGAUGUGUCAGCUGAUCUGAGGAGGGGGAAGUGGAUGUGUCAGCUGAUCUGAGGAGGGGGAAGUGGAUGUGUCAGCUGAUCUGAGGAGGGGGAAGUGGAUGUGUCAGCUGAUCUGAGGAGGGGGAAAUGGAUGUGUCAGCUGAUCUGAGGAGGGGGAAGUGGAUGUGUCAGCUGAUCUGAGGAGGGGGAAGUGGAUGUGUCAGCUGAUCUGAGGAGAGGGAAGUGGAUGUGUCAGCUGAUCUGAGGAGAGGAGGAGAGAAGAAAAGAAGGAGAGAACACUUUUGAUGGAAUUUCACUUUGAACUCAGUGGUUCUUCACCCACUGUUAUGAAAGUACCAGAGGGGUAAAGGAGGAGAAUAUCACUAGUUUUGCCGUCUGUCUGUAAUCGGAUUUCCUCGCUGCUGUGUUUCUGAAAUAGCCUGCUGUGUUUCUAACAAUUAGACAGAAAUCUAAGAGAUUCUAAUGGGACUUUACAUACCGUACAAAAACUACACCAGACUAACAAAUUGCUGAAGUAAGAUUCUGGGGAGUUCUGAGUGUCUACAGGGGAAUCUUAAUUGGAUUAUGAAUCAUGUCUGCAGCUUUUAUUGACAAAUGAAGUGGAAUCAUCAGUGAAAUCCAACCUGAAGGCUUUAUAUUUAAACUCCAGCUGGUCAUGUAACCUAUUGUACUUCUCACUAUCAAAUUGUUCAAAAUGAUGGAUGUUGGUUUGGACUUUAAUUAGGCUCUGAUCUUGUUAAAUGUGUCUAGUACACAUUCUCUCCUUCUCUCUUUGGAGGGCUGCCUAAAACCUGCAGCAGCUCUGCUACAGUACUGAUACAGCCUGGCUUGCGUCCCAAAUAGCACCCUAUUCCUUAUGUAGUGCACUACCCUAUGGGCCCUGGUCAAUAGUAGUGUACUAUAAAGGGAUAGAGUGCCAUUUGGGACAAGACCCUGGGGCUGCAAUAAGUUACAAGCAGCUGACCUUAAAACAGUUGUAAUUACAUUGGUCCUGCUCUCUCUCCUCUAAUAAAGAUUGACUAUCUUCACAAUUAGUUUUAGAUUCAGACUAACUGCACUCUUAGAAAAAGGGUUCCAAAAGUGUUCUUCGGCUGUCCCCAUAGGCAAACCAUUUUUGGUUCCAGGUAGAACUCUUUUGGGUUCCAUAUAGAACUCUCUGUAUAAAGGGUUCUACAUGGAACUCAAAAGGUUUCUACCUGGAACCAAAAAGGGUAUUUCAAAGGGUUCUCCUAUUGGGACAGCCGAAUAAACUUUUAGGUUCUAGAUCCUUUUUUGGUUCUUAAUCUUCAACACAGCGUUUUUGUUAUGGGCCAUUUUAAUUUGACAUUCAGUGAUUAUUUUGUGUUUGAUAAAGAAAUGCAUAGAUUGAUGUAUUAACAUGGGGAUAUGUUAACAUUAAACAGACCCCUGUCCCUCACAGCCUAUAUGACUCCUGAAUGACCCUGCGUUGCCAUGACAUUCAGGUCAAUGACCAAUGAUUGAUUGUUUCAGACCAACAUCAGUCACAGUAAAACACAUCAGCCCUGUGGACCAUGAUCCUGAUUCUGUCUCUCUCAGUCUCUGGGGAGGCUGUCAUGCUCUGACAAGGUCUGAUUUGUAGGUGAAGUGUUCAGAGACUGUUUUCAGCAUCAAACAAGCACGAAGAGCACAUUAGAUCCAUUAACAAACCAACUGUACAGUAAUUCACAUUUAGCUCUGUUGCAUCUCAUUUACGAUGAUUUUCUCUCUGUAUUAGUUCAGAUUCAUUCUGUCUAAUAGUGACACAGCCUGCUGUCUAAUGAUGAGUCAGAGACACAGCCUGCUGUCUAAUGAUGAGUCAGAGACACAGCCUGCUGUCUAAUGAUGAGUCAGAGACACAGCCUGCUGUCUAAUGAUGAGUCAGAGACACAGCCUGCUGUCUAAUGAUGAGUCAGAGACACAGCCUGCUGUCUAAUGAUGAGUCAGAGACACAGCCUGCUGUUUAAUGAUGAGUCAAAGACACAGCCUGCUGUCUAAUGAUGAGUCAGAGACACAGCCUGCUGUCUAAUGAUGAGUCAGAGACACAGCCUGCUGUCUAAUGAUGAGUCAGAGACACAGCUACUGUCUAAUGAUGAGUCAGAGACACAGCCUGCUGUUUAUUGAUGAGUCAGAGACACAGCCUGAUGUCUAAUGAUGAGUCAGAGACACAGCCUGCUGUCUAAUGAUGAGUCAGAGACACAGCCUGCUGUCUAAUGAUGAGUCAGAGACACAGCCUGCUGUCUAAUGAUGAGUCAGAGAAACAGCCUGCUGUCUAAUGAUGAGUCAGAGAAACAGCCUGCUGUCUAAUGAUGAGUCAGAGACACAGCUUGCUGUCUAAUGAUGAGUCAGAGACACAGCUUGCUGUCUAAUGAUGAGUCAGAGACACAGCCUGCUGUCUAAUGAUGAGUCAGAGACACAGCCUCCCUCCCUCCCUGCUGGCUGCUCUAUGGCUGACCUCUUACAAAGCACCCAAUUCUAUUAAAAUCAGUCAGGUGUGAAAAGAGGGUUGUUUGGUUCGCACACCUUAUCUUGCUCCAGGAGCAUGGGGAGAAAUAACUCAACACACGACGAUUAAACGCCAACUCUAUGACGUGUUUGUGUGCUUAAUGGAUCUCAUUGGAGCAUACAAGUACCUCUGACCUCUGACAUCAUCAACAAGUCCUUCACCAAGGCAGAACCAUGACCUUCCUCUCUUCUCUCUCUGCAGCUGCUGCCCUGGGGAACCUUGUGUCGGACCUGGCUGGACUCGGGUAAGAAAAAGCUGAUCAAACCAAUCGUCUGUUAGGGCUGAUACAGUCCCUGGUGGGGUCCUAUUGCAGUCGCACUGUGUACAGUCCCUGGUGGGGUCCUAUUGCAGUCUCACUGUGUACAGUCCCUGGUGGGGUCCUAUUGCAGUCUCACUGUGUACAGUCCCUGGUGGGGUCCUGUUGCAGUCUCACUGUGUACAGUCCCUGGUGGGGUCCUAUUGCAGUCGCACUGUGUACAGUCCCUGGUGGCGUCCUAUUGCAGUCUCACUGUGUACAGUCCCUGGUGGCGUCCUGUUGCAGUCUCACUGUGUACAGUCCCUGGUGGCGUCCUGUUGCAGUCUCACUGUGUACAGUCCCUGGUGGCGUCCUAUUGCAGUCUCACUGUGCAGUAUGUAUCUCAGAAGAUUGCUACAGUACUAAUGUGGUUUCUGAGAACUCUCCAGACUUCUCCAAGCAUUGUGAGAACUGAUUAUUUGCGGUGCGCAACUGAAAAAAAGACUACGUGGAAUGCACCCAAUGAGCUUACAGGCAAACAGCAAACCUCAGGCUGAAACUGGAGAGAGGCCACUGAUGUCUCUACCUGACGUCUCUCACUGUGUCGUCACUUGUGACAGUCACAUCAGUCUAUGUGAAGAGCCCGUUCUUUCAUCUCAGUAAUCCUGUCAAAGACCGUCAGUUUCACUGUACACGGACCGUUGAUCUGAAGUGUCAGUCUGGACCAGUUGUUCAGUACUCAGGAUCAUACUGAAGUGUCAGUCGUUGACCAGUUCCAUACAGGACAUUAGACUGAGUGUCAGUCUUGACAGUUUCACAUUACAGGCCCUGUGACUGAGUGUCAGUCUUGUACCAGUUGUCCUACCAGGUGCAUUAACUUGACAGUGUCGUCUUGCACCAUGUCCAUACCAGUACCGUUGGCUCUGAAGUGUCAGUCUUGACAGUUUCCAUACCAGAGACAUAGACUAUGAGUGUCAGACUUGACCAGUUCUCCAACCAGGACGAGACUGAUAGUCGUCGAUCUGAACCGUUCCAUACCAGGACCAUUAGACUAAAUGGGAGUAUCGAGUCUUGACCGAGUUUCCAUACCAGACCAUAGAUGAAGUGUCAGUAUCUUGACCAGUUUCCAUACCAGGACCGUUAGACUCUGAAGUGUCAGUCUUGACCAGUUUCCAUACCAGGAUCAUUAGACUCUGAAGUGUCAGUCUUGACCAGUUUCCAUACCAGGACCGUUAGACUCUGAAGUGUCAGUCUUGACCAGUUUCCAUACCAGGACCGUUAGACUGAAGUGUCAGUCUUGACCAGUUUCAUACCAGGAUCUUAGACUCUGAAGUGUCAGUCUUGACCAGUUUCCAUACCAGACCUAACUGAAGUGUCAGUCUUGGCAAACAGGACCGUAGCUCUGAGUGUAGUCUGACCAGUUUCCAUACCGGAGCGUUGACUGCAAGUGUCAGUCUUGACAGUUUCCAUACCAGGACCAUUAGACUCUGAAGUGUCAGUCUUGACCAGUUUCCAUACCAGGACCAUUAGACUGAAGUGUCAGUCUUGACCAGUUUCCAUACCAGGACCGUUAGACUGAAGUGUCAGUCUUGACCAGUUUCCAUACCAGGACCAUUAGACUGAAGUGUCAGUCUUGACCAGUUUCCAUACCAGGACCAUUAGACUGAAGUGUCAGUCUUGACCAGUUUCCAUACCAGGACCGUUAGACUCUGAAGUGUCAAUCUUGACCAGUUUCCAUACCAGGACCAUUAGACUCUGAAGUGUCGUUUGCCCAUUUCCAUACCAGGACCUUUUAGCCCUUGAAUUUCAGUCUUGCCCCAUUUCCAUACCAGGACCUUUUAGAUGAAGUGUCAGUCUGACCAUUUACACCCAGGACCUUGAUUUUAAAGUGUCAGUCUUCCCAUUUUUUCCAUCCCAAAACCCCAUCAGACGAAGUGUCAUUCUUGGGAAAAAAAGGCCUGGGUAGGCUUUUUGGUGAGCUGCCCGGGGGGAUACCCAAAUGUCUGGGGGCAUUUCUCGAGUGUUUUGCUUAGCUAUUCCUCCAUAGAUCUUUUACACCAUCUGGUUUAAACUGUCAUUUAUUGUCACUGUCUCAGUGCAAGAGCCUCCAACAUCAUCACAGACUAAUGUUAAAACCACUGUAACAGAAACUGUUAGACUGAGUGCUUGAGCUAAUGUCCUGUCAUUGUCCCUGUUUUACAAGGACAGCGAUAAAGUUAGCAAUAGCACAAACUGAUCUGGGACCAGGCUAGAACAGAUCUGGGACCAGGCUAGAGCAGAUCUGGGACCAGGCUAGAGCAGAUCUGGGACCAGGCUAGAGCAGAUCUGGGACCAGGCUAGAGCAGAUCUGGGACCAGGCUAGAACAGAUCUGGGACCAGGCUAGAGCAGAUCUGGGACCAGGCUAGAGCAGAUCUGGGACCAGGCUAGAACAGAUCUGGGACCAGGCUAGAACAGAUCUGGGACCAGGCUAGAGCAGAUCUGGGACCAGGCUAGAGCAGAUCUGGGACCAGGCUAGAGCAGAUCUGGGACCAGGCUAGAGCAGAUCUGGGACCAGCCUAGAGCUAAGCUACUGUAACUAAAUGUUUCCAAUUGGCCUUGUUGUCAGCAUUAUGUGGAUUAUAGAAUAACUGUUUUUUUUUGUAUUCUCUGCAGUCCUUUUUCUAUGACUGUGCCAGAGAGGAUGUUUGAUUUCCCAGAUGUCAUAUAAUCUGCUGCUGUCUCUUUCUGAAGUCUGUAAUUUGAUGUAUGAAUCAUUUUAACAGCAGUCAGCUGCUGUGGCUGUGGCCGUGGCUCCAGUAUCUCCUCUGUUAGCUUGGCUUGAGCUGUGUCUCCAGCAUCUCCUCUGUUAGCUUGGCUUGAGCUGUGGCUCCAGCGUCUCCUCUGUAAGCUUGGUUUGAGCUGUGGCUCCAGUAUCUCUUCUGUUAGCUUGGUUUGAGCUGUGGCUCCAGCAUCUCAUCUGUUAGCUUGGUUUGAGCUGUGGCUCCAGCAUCUCCUCUGUUAGCUUGGUUUGAGCUGUGGCUCCAGCCUAUCUACUGUUAGCUUGGUUUGAGCUGUGGCUCCAGCAUCUCCUUUGUUAGCUUGGUUUGCACACUAUGAACAUCUCAUCAUUCAGUUAAACAUUUAAAGUUACCCUCAGGUACAUUUCAGUACAUUUCAUCAUUUUGGUGGCAGACCUAGGUUUACUGUAUGUUUCUACUGUUUUGGAUGUUGACACAUUUGAAGAAGUUGACCAGUAGAACAUGAAGAGGUCACUCUGUCUUACAGCUUGGCCUCACUGUCCCCAGUGUUUAGCCAGGGAACACAUACUCAGCUCUGUCCCCAGUGUUUAGCCAGGUAACACCUACUCAGCUCUGUCCCCAGUGUUUAGCCAGGUAACACCUACUCAGCUCUGUCCCCAGUGUUUAGCCAGGUAACACCUACUCAGCUCUGUCCCCAGUGUUUAGCCAGGUAACACCUACUCAGCUCUGUCCUCAGUGUUUAGCCAGGUAACACCUACUCAGCUCUAUCCCCAGUGUUUAGCCAGGUAACACCUACUCAGCUCUGUCCCCAGUGGUUAGCCAGGUAACACCUACUCAGCUCUGUUCCCAGUGUUUAGCCAGGUAACACCUACUCAUCUCUGUCCCCAGUGGUUAGCCAGGUAACACCUACUCAGCUCUGUCCCCAGUGUUUAGCCAGGUAACACCUACUCAGCUCAGUCCCCAGUGGUUAGCCAGGUAACACCUACUCAGCUCUGUCCCCAGUGUUUAGCCAGGUAACACCUACUCAGCACUGUCCCCAGUGUUUAGCCAGGUAACACCUACUCAGCUCUGUCCCCAGUGUUUAGCCAGGUAACACCUACUCAGCUCUGUCCCCAGUGGUUAGCCAGGUAACACCUACUCAGCUCUGUCCCCAGUGUUUAGCCAGGUAACACCUACUCAGCUCUUUCCUCAGUGUUUAGCCAGGUAACACCUACUCAGCUCUUCCCCCAGUGUUUAGCCAGGUAACACCUACUCCUCACUGUCCCCAGUGUUUAGCCAGGUAACAUUUACUCAGCGCUGUCCCCGGUGUUUAGCCAGGUAACACCUACUCAGCUCUGUCUCCAGUGUUUAGCCAGGUAACACCUACUCCUCACUGUCCCCAGUGUUUAGCCAGGUAACACCUACUCAGCUCUGCCCCCAGUGUUUAGCCAGGUAACACCUACUCAGCACUGUCCCCAGUGUUUAGCCAGGUAACACCUACUCAGCUCUGCCCCCAGUGUUUAGCCAGGUAACACCUACUCAGCUCUGUCCCCAGUGUUUAGCCAGGUAACACCUACUCAGCUCUGUCCCCAGUGUUUAGCCAGGUAACACCUACUCAGCUCUGCCCCCAGUGUUUAGCCAGGUAACACCUACUCAGCUCUGCCCCCAGUGUUUAGCCAGGUAACACCUACUCAGCUCUUCCCUCUACUGGCAAUGAGGUUAACACACUAGAGCGUCAUUCCCCGUUAUAGCAGCAUCUCUCCCAACAUACUGUAUGUUGGUUUACAUUGUGUCCAUAAUGGUCUAUGUAAUCAAGUAAUCUUACACCUAACAAAUAGUCAUUUCUGUCAGAUUAUCACUGUAUGUCUAUCAUGUACGUAAUGUAGAUGUCGAUCUAUGUAAUAGUUGUCUAACUGACAUCUGGCGAAUUAUGCCAUUCUGUCAGAUUAUGCUCAUUUAUUGUCUUACCUGACAAAGGGUGGUCUUUACAAAUCCUUUCUUUCUCCACUAGAAUCAGUUCAUACAGUAAUGAGGAGCAUAUAUCUCCCACUGUGUCUAACUGUCUAAUGAUCAAACCAUCUCAUUAAGCCUGUGUACUAGGCCUACUCACUGUAUCACAACCAUUAUGCUAUCAUCAUCAUCUGCUGUCAGGGAAGCUGUUUGCUCAGCAGAGCACAGUGGUGCUUGUUAGUUUAUCCCGGUGUAUCUGCAGUGACCUGUGGGGUAUUGGUUUCUAUUGGUUCUGCUGGAGUGAAGACAUUCCCCUGACUGAAUUUAAACAGAUAAUUUGGUCCCUCUCCCUGACUGUGCAUCCAGCCUGUGGAUGAUUGAGUUGCUGUAGUCCAGGGGUAGGCAACUAGAUUCAGCCGCUGGACGAUUUUUGUAACAUAGUUAUAAUAAUUUGUACGCUGCAAAUUGACCACAACUCAAAAAAGAGAUUGUAUUUGAAAUAACAAUAAUUUCUUACCUUGAUUACAUUGAGACACGAUGACGUCUCUUUUUAAAUUUGUUUUACUAAAACUUUGUGGGGCCCAAAUAAAUCACUCACGGGCUGGUUUUUGCCUGCAGGCCUCCUAUUGCCGACUCCUGCUCUAGGCUGUAGACCUAUCAGUGAUGAUCCCUCAUAGGGACACUUCUCUAUUGGUUCUCUAUGAUUGGUUGGGACCAGACUGAAUUGGCCAAUGUGGGAGUACAUUCCCAUGGCUUCAUCCCAAGUGGUACAGACAGACAGCUGGGUCUGAAAUGUUGCCUCUAUGAGCCAUUCUGGGUCAGACAAGACUUACUUACUUACUUUUGACCACUUUAUAGGGAGUAGUGUAAUUUCAGGAUGCUUCUCAUGUUCCUGAGCCAUCUGUGCCACUGCUCUGUCUGGCACUCAGUUGGCAUCAUAAUAGAGUUAACUGCUCUGUCUGGCACUCAAGUGGCAUCAUAAUGGAGUUAACUUCUCUGUCUGGCACUCAGUUGGCAUCAUAAUGGGGUUAACUUCUCUGUCUGGCACUCAGUUGGCAUCAUAAUGGAGUUAACUGCUAUGUCUGGCACUCAAGUGGCAUCAUAAUGGAGUUAAUGUCUCUGUCUGGCACUCAGUUGGCAUCAUAAUGGAGUUAACUGCUCUGUCUGGCACUCAGUUGGCAUCAUAAUGGAGUUAACUGCUCUGUCUGGCACUCAAGUGGCAUCAUAAUGGAGUUAACUUCUCUGUCUGGCACUCAAGUGGCAUCAUAAUGGAGUUAACUACUCUGUCUGGCACUCAGUUGGCAUCAUAAUAGAGUUAACUGCUCUGUCUGGCACUCAGUUGGCAUCAUAAUGGAGUUAACUGCUCUGUCUGGCACUCAGUUGGCAUCAUAAUAGAGUUAACUGCUCUGUCUGGCACUCAAGUGGCAUCAUAAUGGAGUUAACUUCUCUGUCUGGCACUCAGUUGGCAUCAUAAUGGGGUUAACUUCUCUGUCUGGCACUCAGUUGGCAUCAUAAUGGAGUUAACUGCUAUGUCUGGCACUCAAGUGGCAUCAUAAUGGAGUUAAUGUCUCUGUCUGGCACUCAGUUGGCAUCAUAAUGGAGUUAACUGCUCUGUCUGGCACUCAGUUGGCAUCAUAAUGGAGUUAACUGCUCUGUCUGGCACUCAAGUGGCAUCAUAAUGGAGUUAACUUCUCUGUCUGGCACUCAAGUGGCAUCAUAAUGGAGUUAACUACUCUGUCUGGCACUCAGUUGGCAUCAUAAUGGAGUUAACUGCUCUGUCUGUCACUCAGUUGGCAUCAUAAUGGAGUUAACUGCUCUGUCUGGCACUCAGUUGGCAUCAUAAUGGAGUUAACUGCUCUGUCUGGCACUCAAGUGGCAUCAUAAUGGAGUUAACUGCUCUGUCUGGCACUCAGUUGGCAUCAUAAUGGAGUUAACGUCUCUGUCUGGCACUCAGUUGGCAUCAUAAUGGAGUUAACUGCUCUGUCUGGCACUCAGUUGGCAUCAUAAUGGAGUUAACUGCUCUGUCUGGCACUCAGUUGGCAUCAUAAUGGAGUUAACUGCUCUGUCUGGCACUCAGUUGGCAUCAUAAUGGAGUUAACUGCUCUGUCUGGCACUCAAGUGGCAUCAAAAUGGAGUUAACUUCGCUGUCUGGCACUCAGUUGGUAUCAUAAUGGAGUUAACUUCUCUGUCUGGCACUCAGUUGGCAUCAUAAUGGAGUUAACUUCUCUGUCUGGCACUCAAGUGGCAUCAUAAUGGAGUUAACUUCUCUGUCUGGCACUCAGUUGGCAUCAUAAUGGAGUUAACUGCUCUGCCUGGCACUCAGUUGGCAUCAUAAUGGAGUUAACUGCUCUGUCUGGCACUCAAGUGGCAUCAUAAUGGAGUUAACUGCUCUGUCUGGCACUCAGUUGGCAUCAUAAUGGAGUUAACUGUUCUGUCUGGCACUCAGUUGGCAUCAUAAUGGAGUUAACUUCUCUGUCUGGCACUCAGUUGGCAUCAUAAUGGAGUUAACUUCUCUGUCUGGCACUCAGUUGGCAUCAUAAUGGAGUUAACUUAUCUGUCUGGCACUCAGUUGGCAUCAUUAUGUAGUUAACUGCUCUGUCUGGCACUCAGUUGGCAUCAUAAUGGAGUUAACUGCUCUGUCUGGAACUCAAGUGGCAUCAUAAUGGAGUUAACUUAUCUGUCUGGCACUCAGUUGGCAUCAUAAUGGAGUUAACUUCUCUGUCUGGCACUCAGUUGGCAUCAUAAUGGAGUUAACUGCUCUGUCUGGCACUCAAGUGACAUCAUAAUGGAGUUAACUGCUCUGUCUGGCACUCAAGUGGCAUCAUAAUGGAGUUAACUUCUCUGUCUGGCACUCAGUUGGCAUCAUAAUGGAGUUAACUGCUUUGUCUGGCACUCAAGUGGCAUCAUAAUGGAGUUAACUUCUCUGUCUGGCACUCAGUUGGCAUCAUAAUGGAUUUAACUGCUCUGUCUGGCACUCAAGUGGCAUCAUAAUGGAGUUAACUUCUCUGUCUGGCACUCAGUUGGCAUCAUAAUGGAGUUAACUGCUCUGUCUGUCACUCAAGUGGCAUCAUAAUGGAGUUAACUUCUCUGUCUGGCACUCAGUUGGCAUCAUAAUGGAGUUAACUGUUCUGUCUGGCACUCAAGUGGCAUCAUAAUGGAGAUGGCAUUUCAAAUGUAGUGCACUAUAUAGGGAAUAGGAUGGCAUUUCAAAUGCAGCCCAUGGCUACGUCUAAAAUUGUACCCUGUAUUCCCUAUAUAGUGCACUACUUUUGACCAGGGCCCAUAGUGCUCUGGUCAAAAGUAGUGCACUACAUAGGGAAUAGGGUGUUACGGGCUCCCGAGUGGUUCAGCGGUCUAAGGCACUGCAUCUCAGUGCUUGAGGCGUCACUACAGACCCCCUGGUUCGAUUCCAGGCUGUAUCACAACCGGCCGUGAUUGGGAGUCCCAUAGGGCGGCACACAAUUGGCCUAGCGUCGUCCGGGUUUGGCCGGUGUAGGCCGUCAUUGUAAAUAAGAAUUUGUUCUUAACUGACUUGCCUAGUUGAAAAAAAUAAAAUGACAGAUGCAGUCCAUGUUCCAGGGACGUCUGUACUCAACCUAAAGGCUGGCGGCCAGUGGGCAUUGCAUCUGAGGUGGCUUUAAUCCAUCAGAUUAAGCACUGGCCCUGACAGGCUAUGAAAUAUAGCUCCCCUAGGAGCAGAACGCUACGAUAAGCACAACACUUUAUUUAUGGGCUAUUUUAGUGCCUGGGUUUGAUCAAGGCGAACAAAAAAUACAUUCAAUUGGAAGAAAUUAUGGUGCACAAUAUGAGAAUUUGUUUUCCAUUGAAUCAUAGUUUCAUCAUCAGGCAACACAUGCCCCUCACCGAGCGUCCUCACUAAAUACAUUUGACAUUUUACAUUUUGAGUCAUUUAGCAGACGCUCUUAUCCAGGGCGGCUUACAGUCAGUGCGUUCAUCUUAAGACAGCGAGGUGAGAAAACCACAUAUCACAGUAAUAGUAAGUACAUUUUUCCUCGAUAAAGAAGUUAGUCAGCAAAGUCAGUGUUAGUAGGAAAAGAGAAUUACAAUUUUUAUAUUUUUGUUAGUUUUUUUUAUGGAGGGGUGAAGACCAAGAUGUCUUAUUUAAGAUAGUCUUUGAAGAGGUAGGGUUUGAGAUGUUUUCGGAAAGAUGGGCCUGUCCUAGCUUCAGGGGGAAGCUCAUUCCACCAUUGGGGUGCCAGGACAGAGAAGAGCUUGUGUUGAAUAGCAGCAUGUGUUUUGAUUAAUGUUGUUGGUAAAAAAAAAAUAUAUAUAUAUAUUUUUAUGAUUCUAUGCACAGAUGUCUGUGUCAGAGGUUUGCUGCUGUGCGUAUUACUGGUUGAGUUUGAUAUUUCCAUGAUUCGUAUUAUGGUAAUUUUGUGUUACCCUAUCACUCCUGCAAUGAAUGGGAUCUUUCCGCUGGUGACCCCUUAAAGAUCAGGACCUGUAUUCAUAAAUUUCACUGUAGGAGUGAUGAUCUAGGAUCAGUUUUGCCUUUUAGAUCAUAAAGAGGGGCGGAGCUGAACCUAGACCAGAACUCCUACUCUUAGAUACUUUUUGAUUCAAAUCAAAUCAAGUUUAUUCAUCACGUGCACAGGUUACAACAGGUGUAAACGAGACAGUCAAAUGCUUACUUGCCGCACUUCCUCAACAGUGCAGAAUAAUGUAAAAUAGCAAAGCUAAUCAAUAGACAAUAAGUAGAUGAAUAUAAAUUAAAAGAGUACAACAAUUGCAUUAAGGUAUGUAACCAUAGUAUUUUCCUGUGUUAGCCUUGCAGGUUACGUGGAAGCCCUAGCCUGUCGUUGUGGGCUGGUGGGUCCAGACCUGAACCCCAAACAG